AUGGCCAAUCAAAAGCCUGUGGAGUGGGUCUCCUCACUCCUCGGCCGUUUCGAAGAGCAGCUGCCUUACCGAAGCGGCCCUCAAACGGGCCAUGGCCGACUUAACAUCGAGCAGAUAAAGGAGACUCUAAUAAACAUAAGCAAAUUCAAGUUUUCUCUCGUCAUUUCGGGUUUAACUAAAAUUUUAAAAGCAGUUAACGACAUGGUAAUUAAGCAUUUUCAUGAGUUCGAGCGGAACUUCUACGAAUCGCAACUCUUGCUCCUAGACACCUUGGAGAAGUGCCUGAAUAUUCAGCCAAAAGAGACGACGCGCUAUGAUGAAGCGAUGAAUGUCAAGGCACUUCUCAAGGAACUUUGCCAUUUUAUCGAUUCUCCUAAUGACAAUGUGAUGCAAACACAGCUGAAAGUACUCGCUUCUAAAGUAUUAUUUGCCUUGAGUUGUAACAACUUCAAUGCCGUCUUCAGUAGAAUAUCUUCUAGACUUCAAGAGCUAUCAAACUCAAGCGAUGAGAACAUGGACGUGACUGAUAUCGAGCUGAUUCAAUAUAUUAACGUUGACCUGAGCAGAUUACUAAAGCUGUUGAUUGAAAUCAACCUCAAGUUUAAGAGUCUAAAGAAGAAUACGCACUACAUUUUGCUGGGCAACGUGGAGAAAGCCAUUUGGAACUGGAUCGAGGCGUACCCGAAUGAGUUCCUCGAGCUGCAGACUGGCAAGCCCAACGACGAGCUCUGUGACUGCUGUGAUAAACUUUUUGAGCAGCUGGACGUCUACGCGGAGAACAACAACAAACGCAAGUCAUACGUGUGGUCCAUUCAGAUCAUGCUGCUGCUGCUCUGUCCGAAGAUCCUCGAGGAGAUCGUCAACGCCGAGGCGGGCGCCCCUUUCUCGCAGAAGCACAUUCGCAAGCGCAACUUCAUCGACAGCGUCAAGAAAGCCCUCAUUCCGCACAGCUCCAGCAAACAGCUCACCGAGGCGGCCGCCGUGACCUGCGUCAAGCUCUGCAAGGCUUCCACCUACAUCAACAACAAGGACAGCAACAACUUUCUCUUCAAGCUGGUCAACUCGGUGAUGACAGACCUGAAACUGCUGCUCUUUCACUCCAAACCGUUCAUUCGCAAUCCCUCGAACAUUACACACGACGUCGAGCUCAUGAUCGAGUGCUUUGUCUCCAUCUUCCGCAUCACUCCUCACGGCAACAAUGAAGCCCUCAAGGUUUGCCUGAACCCGAAUUCCCCUUCAGUGUACCACUACGUCCUGGUGUGUUCCCUCUUUCGAAUCAUCACCCAGCCCCGUCUCUCCUGGUGGCCUAAAAUCGACUACAUCUACAGCAAGUCCUCCGAGCUUCGUAUCAUGUUCACUGAUACGUUGAUCAAGGCCACCCAAGGCUGCAUCUCUCACACGCCCCUUCGGAUGAUUCAGAGCUUUACGUUAAAGGAGAAGGUGCCCGCGCUGAAGUUCAAGGACAAGUCAACGGAGGAGGGCCUGAGCUACAAAAACCUGCUCCUGUGGAUGGUGCGCCUGAUUCACGUGAAUCCCAUUCUGAUGCUGAACAACCAGGGAAAGGCUGGCCACGAGACGCAGAGCAACACACUGGAGCUGAUCAACGGACUGGUGUCACUCGUGCACCAGUCUUCAAUGCCGGACAUUGCGCAGGAGGCGAUGGAAGCGCUGCUCGUUCUUCACCGACCGGAAAACAUUGAGAAGUGGAAUCCGGAUGCGCCCAUCAACACCUUCUGGGACGUCUCCUCGCAGGUGCUCUUUUCCAUCUCGCAGAAGCUGAUUCAACACCAGAUUGUCAACUACACGGAGAUUCUCAAGUGGCUGCGUGAGGUGCUGAAGCAGCGGAACGUCUUCCUCAUUCGCCACAAAGAGUACGCCAACCUGGGCAGCAAUGUGGCCAUCUGCAAGCAGGCGCACAUCAAACUGGAGGUCGUCCUCUUCAUGUACCUCUGGUCGGUGGACAUUGAGUGCGUCCUGGUGGCCAUGUCCUGCUUUGCCCUACUAGCCGAAGAGGCGGACAUUCGCUACGGCCAGGACGACCUGACGGCCACCUACCUUCUGCCCAACUACCACGUGUACUUUGAGCUGGCCAACUCCAGCACCAUUCUGACGACUGGCCGCGCUGCGUUGCAAAAGCGAAUCAACUCGAUGCUUCGAAAGAUUGAAAACUGCACCAAUGGCUGCUCUCAGGCGUGGGAGGACACCUUCAUGAACUGGGAUGCCACCACAAAGUUCCUAGUCAACUUUCCGAAGAGCAAACUGGACAGCUCCGAGCAGCUGGACGCCUUUCACCGGAGUGUCUCCAAACGACGAGCCUCCCACCAGAGCACUGAGCACGAGCUUGAGGAUCAGUUUAACGAGUGGGCCAACAUGACCGGUUUCCUCUGCGCCAUCGGCGGCGUUUGCCUGCAAAAGAAAGCCAACGGCAAGUCGGCCUUUUCAAUGACGCCCGAGCAGACGCGCAAGAACAUGGUCCUCUCUACAGUCCAUGACUCGAUGUACUGUCCGGUGACGCAGUUUGUUGGGCAGAUUCUCAAGCUGCUCGUCUGCCACAACGAAAAGUUUGGCACGCAAAUUCAAAAGCACGUCAAAGACACACUGGCCCACGAGAUGAGCCCUCUGCUCUACCCGAUUCUAUUUGAUCAAAUCAAGGUGCUGGUGGAAAAGUUCUUUGACUCCAAUGGACAGGUGAUGCUCAAUGAGACGAGUACGCAGUUCAUUGAGCACAUCAUCUUCAUCAUGAAGAGCAUCUUUGAGAACAAGUCCGAUCACACCACCGAGAACCUGGGCCAGACGACGAGCAUUGAGCCGAUCAUGUUGGCCAUCGUUCGCUACGUGCGCCACCUCGACUCCAACAACAACCACUACGUGCACAUCAAGAACAAGGUGUGCCAGCUGGUAGAGGCGAUGAUGGGUCGCCGGGAUGACCUCUCCUUUCGACAGGAGAUGAAGUUUCGGAACAAACUGGUGGAGUACCUCACCGACUGGGUCAUGGGCAACUCGCACCAGAUGCAGCCCACCGUCUACACCGACCUCACCUCGCUACUUCGGGAUCUCGAUCAGUCGUGCAUGCAGGCAGUGGCAGCCCUUCUGCUCGGCCUGCCACUGCAGCCCGAGGAGAGCGAUCGCGGCGAUCUGAUGGAGGCCAAGAGUCAGCUCUUUCUAAAGUACUUUUCCCUUUUCAUGAAUCUGCUAAAUGAAUGCAGUGAAGUGCUGAGCGUGGCCACCACCGGCGACGACACCGUGUCCCUUUCUUCGGUGCCCGAGCCCAGCAACCGAUGUUCGACCACCUCGAGAAUGUCGGCGAAACUGGGCGAGCUGAGAACGUACACCAUUCAGGCGAUGUCCAAUCUGCUCAGUGCGAACAUCGACUCCGGCCUGAUGCACUCCAUCGGACUGGGCUACCACAAAGAUCUGCAGACGAGGGCGGCCUUCAUUGAGGUGCUCACCAAGAUCCUCCAGCAGGGCACUGAGUUUGACAUGCUGGCGGAGACGGUGCUGGCUGAUCGAUACGAACAGCUGGUGCAACUGGUCACCAUGCAGGGCGACAAGUCAGAGCUGCCCAUCGCCAUGGCGCUGGCCACCGUCGUCGUGACGCCGCAGAUGGACGAGCUGUCUCGCGUCUUUGUGACCCUCUUUGAUUCAAAACACAUGCUGUCCUCCCUCCUCUGGAACAUGUUUUACAAGGAAGUGGAGGUCUCAGACUGCAUGACCACGCUCUUUCGAGGCAACAGUCUGGGCAGUAAGAUAAUGGCCUUCUGCUUCAAAGUGUACGGCAACUCCUACUUGAAGAACCUUCUUGAGCCACUCAUCAAACCGCUGAUUGACUCGCCAUCACACAUUAGCUACGAGGUAGAUGCGGCUCGUUUCGAGACGAACGAUGACAUUGAGGUGAACCGUCGAAACCUACUCGCACUCACACAAAAGAUCUUCAACGCCAUCGUCAGCUCAGGCGACAGCUUUCCCUUUCAGCUGCGAGUGAUGUGCAACUGUCUGUACCAGGUGCUCAUCAAGCGCUUUCCCACCUACCCGCUGAACAUAAGCGCCGUGGGCACUGUCGUCUUUCUGCGCUUCAUCAACCCCGUCAUCGUGUCGCCCUUUGAGAUGGGCAUCGUCGAGAAGCAGCCACCACCGCGAAUUAAACGAGGCCUCAUGCUGGUGUCGAAGAUUCUGCAGAACAUUGCCAACCACGUGGAGUUCAGCAAGGAGCAGCACAUGCUCUGCUUCAAUGACUUUCUGCGCUCCAACUUUGACGCCGGCAGACGGUGGGUGACGCAGAUCAUCUCCGAGUUGGAUGCGAUUGAGCUGCAGGCCAACCACAACAUCUCCUUCAUCAGCGACGCCAAUGUGCACACCCUGCACCGGCUGCUGUGGAAUCAUCAGGAGAAGAUCGGCGACUACCUCUCCAGCUCGCGGGACAACAAGGCCAUGGGCAGGCGGCCCUUCGACAAGAUGGCCACCCUGCUGGCCUACCUUGGACCGCCAGAGCACAAGGCGAUCAGUGAUUCGCAGUGGAACUCAAUGGAGAUGACCAGUACAAAGUUUGAGGAGAUUAUGGCCAAGCACAACAUGCACGACAAGGACGAGUUCAAGUCCAUUAAAACACUCAACAUUUUCUACCACGCGGGAACAUCCAAGGCCGGCCAUCCGGUGUUCUACUACAUUGCUCGUCGCUACAAAAUCGGCGAAACCAAUGGCGAUCUGCUGAUUUACCAUGUCAUCCUCACUCUGAAGCCCUUCUGUCACUCGCCAUUUGAGGUGGUCAUCGACUUUACUCACACUAAUUCUGACUGUCGAUUUAGGACUGAAUUUUUGCAAAAAUGGUUUGUCGUUUUGCCCGAAAUUGCUUACGAAAAAAUAGUCUCAACGUACAUUUACAACUGCAAUUCAUGGGUGCGAGAAUACUCAAAGUUCCACGAGCGUCUGAUGCUUCGACUGAAGGGUAGCAGAAAGCUCAUCUUCGUAGAGUCGGCCAUAAAGUUGAGUGAGUACAUUGACAUUGAACAGCAACGCCUGCCCGGAGCUACGUUGGCACUGGAAGAGGAUCUGAAGGUUUUCAACAAUGCUCUAAAGCUGUCGCACAAGGACACAAAAGUGUCCAUCAAAGUGGGGCCGACGGCCAUUCAGAUCACCGCCGCUGAAAAGACCAAAGUUUUAGGAAUUCCGGUGCUGCUGAACGACGUCUACUAUGCGUCAGAAAUUGAAGAGGUGUGCCUGGUGGAUGACAACCAAUUCACGUUGACCAUUGCCAAUGAGAACACGCCUCUGUCCUUCAUUCACAACGACUGUGAUAGCAUUGUGCAAGCCAUCAUUCACAUACGAACUCGUUGGGAGCUCUCUCAACCGGACACGGUCACAGUGCACACCAAAAUCAGACCUAAAGACGUACCGGGAACGCUGCUCAACAUGGCCCUCCUCAAUUUGGGCAGUGCUGAUCCGAACCUGCGCACAGCUGCCUACAAUCUGCUCUGUGCACUUACGGGAACGUUUGACCUGAAGAUCGACGGGCAGCUGCUUGAGACUGCCGGGCUCUGUAUUCCAUCAAACAAUACCAUUUUCAUCAAGCAGAUCAGCGAGAAGCUCGCCUUGAAUGCCUCCCAUCUGACGCUGGAGUUUCUAGAGGAGUGCAUUCAGGGUUUUCGCUCAUCAAACAUUGAGCUAAAGCACUUGUGUCUGGAGUACAUGACUUCGUGGCUUCCCAAUUUGACCCGCUUCUGCAAACAAACAGACGAUAACAAGCGCCAACGAGUGGCCACCAUUUUGGACAAACUAAUCACUCUGACGAUUGAAGAAGUGGAAAUGUACCCGUCCAUUCAGGCGAAGAUAUGGGGCAACAUUGGACAAAUUUCCGAUCUGCUUGACCUCACACUGGACAGCUUCAUUAAACGAUCAGUCACCAGUGGACUGGGCAGUAACCAGGCGGAAACUAUGGCUGACACUGCUGUCGCCCUCGCCUCAGCAAAUGUUCAGCUCGUGGCAAUGAAGGUCAUCAGUCGCCUUUGUCGCGUCAUUGAGAAGACCUGCACCUCACCUACCUCAACGUUGGAGGCGCAUCUAAUGUGGGACGAUAUCGCCACCCUGAGCCGCUAUCUCCUGAUGCUCUCCUUCAACAACUGUCUCGAUGUGGCCAACCACCUGCCGUACCUCUUUCACAUAGUCACCCUGCUGGUGCACAUCGGACCGAUCUCCCUGCGUGCCUCCAUCCACGGUCUAGUCAUCAACAUCAUUCACUCGCUGUGCACCUGCACGAAGCCCUCAUUCAGCGGCGAGACGCAGCGCGUCCUUCGCCUCAGUCUCGACGAGUUCAGCCUCUCCAAGUUCUACCUGCUCUUCGGCAUCAGUGACGUCAAGUCGGCGGCGGUCAUCGCCUUUCGCACCGUGCCCUCCACCAGCUGGGGCGGCGGUGGCAGCAGCAGCACCAGCCACCACCACCACGAGCCGAAGCUGCCCCUGAGCUCGCUGGAGACCAUCACCGACGCACUGCUGGAGAUCAUGGAGGCCUGCAUGAAGAACAUUCCCGACUGUGACUGGCUGCAGAGGUGGACGGAGAUGGCGAGGUCGUUUGCCUUCCGCUACAACCCCGCCCUGCAGCCUCGCUCCAUCAUCGUCUUCGGGUGCAUCUCAAAGUCCAUUUCCGACUUUGAGAUCAUUCAGCUGCUGCGCAUUCUCGUGAAGGCGCUUGAGUCGUUUCAAGAUCUGCAGCUAAUCGAGUCGAUCAUCGUCUGUCUGACCAGACUGCAGCCACUGCUCACCUCCGAGUCGCCCAUUCACCGAGCCCUCUUCUGGGUGGCCAUUUCCGUGCUUCAGCUUGAUGAGACCUCGCUGUACGCGUCCGGUCUGGCGCUACUUGAACAGAACCUACAUACUCUCGAUUCCUUUGGCACUUUUGAGAGUAACACCCUGAAGAAUGUGAUGAUGACCACUCGUGAGCCAUUGGAGUGGCACUUUAAGCAGCUCGACCACUCAGUGGGUCUUAGUUUCAUGUCAAACUUUCAUUGUGCCCUCGUGGGCCACCUCAUCAAGGGCUUCCGGCACACCACGCCGACUACCGUCUCCCGAACGACGCGUGUUUUGAACAUGCUGCUGGAAAUCGUAGCAAAGCCGCACAAGCGGGACAAGUUCGAAGUGAACCUCGAGUCAGCCCCCUACCUCAGCGCAUUGAUCUCCGUUUCUGAAGAAGUACAAAGUCGCGUUCACUUGCGACACAAAGUCAGUCGAAACUUUCUCGAUCGAACCUCCUCAAAGACCUUUCAGAAUGAGGUGCCCACCCCGGCGCCGGUUCCCCUGCCGAAUGGCGUCGUCACAAAGAGCUACAGCAACCCCGUCGGAGUGACGGGCAAUGUCCUGCCGACCCAGUCACCCACGCCUCUGCCCACUCCCUCGACACUGAUGAACCUACCUCUGAGCAGCUACAUCACCCAGAACCACCAGGUGUCCUUCUCGGCGAACUACCAGAUCUACCCCAACUACGUGUCGUCGCACUCUAACACGCCCACCAGCGGAAAGCAAAAGUCCAUUGACUCUAACUUCUACCUGCCAGUGUCCAGCAUGAAGGGCGGCAAGUCUCCGCUGAAGCCACACUUCUCCAACCAGAUAAGCACCGCCUACCAGACGAGCACCUCCAUCAGCACCUCGGAGGAGGACAAACACUGGAAGAGUCUGGACAUUGACUCCUCCACCAACAACUACCGGCCACUGUACCGCACCCAGAGGAGUAGCUCCAUGCCCACGCCAAAAACACUGCACAAGACGGGAGAGAGCUUUGGGACGAACAGUAAAGCUGAUACUGCCGAUGGCAAAGAGAAGCCCUACAAUGGCGGAGAUGAAGAUGGCAAACAACAACCGCAGCAACCGCCGCCGCAGGCACCCGUUACCGCUACCUUGCCUGUUUCCACGCUUGCAACCACUACGGGUAAACUGGAGAAGCAAGAAAGCAAGUCAAUUCAGAGCAAGAAGCAGUCUCGGCUGUCAGUGUCCAAUGAGAACAACAUUUUACUCGACCCUGAAGUGCUGUCGGACUUUCAGAACCAGGCUUUGAUUCUCACCAUUUUGGCUACGCUGGUGCGAAACACCACCGAUGAGGCGGAAAUACGCAUUCUCUAUGAGUAUCUGGCUGAAGCUUCGGUCGUCUUUCCAAAGGUUUUCCCCGUCAUUCACUCACUUCUGGACGCUAAAAUUACCAACGUGCUCUCGUUGUGCCAUGAUAAGGUUAUCUUGAGUGCAGUUCAGUGCAUCAUCCACAACAUGGUCCUCUGCAAUGAAGAGCCACAGCAGCAGUCACACUGCUUACAAACAUUUGGUUUUGGCGGUCUCUGGCGCUUCGCCGGCCCAUUCUCAAAGAACCCUGAAUCGAAUCUCGACAAUGCAGAACUGUUUGUCAACUGCCUGGAGGCAAUGGUGGAGACGUGCCUCUCCGUGGACGACACUGAAAUGCACGACUUUGAGUUUCCCUGCAGCACCCUCUCAGUGUCCUCGACCAUGAAUCUCAGCUCGUCAAUGUCUUCGCUGAUUCUCGGAUCACCCAACGACAAGGACAAUUUUUCCACCUGUGAAAGUCUCAAGAAUCUCUCCAUCUCGGCGCUGAACACCAACUGCGAAGGAAAGCGCAACUCGAUCACCCAGAGCUCCAUCAUCAAGCAGAGAAGUCUCAAGUUUAAAGCGGCCAAAAAGUGA